AUGCAGGCAGGCGGGGGUACAAAGGCACCAGGCGAUGCUGUGCAUAACCUCCUGGUAAACUUGCUGGGGUUUGUCCUGGGCGUCGUGGUUUCUGUUACGGCCGAGUGGCUUCUGCGAUGGAUGAAGCCGACUCCAGCGAAAAGAUCGCGUCCCUCCCGCGCACAGCGAGCGGUGCAGGCACUGGAAGAGCUAAGGGAAAGAAAGCGCCAGACCGCAUCGCUGCAGGAGCAGGAGCUGGAGGGACAACAACAACAGCAUCGGCAGCAUCAAUCAGACGCCGGUGAAGAAGAAGAAGAUGGUGCUGGAAGUGAAGAUGAGGAAGAGUGGAGUACUGAAGAGGACGAAGAGUGCGAUGACUCGGAUGAGGACAGCGAGCUGGAGCGCAUGGAGGAGCUUCGACUCAAAAUGGUAUUUGUCAUUCGUCGGGACCUAAAGAAGAUGCCGGCGCAUGACAUCGCUGCAUUGACUGCCGGCGCUGCAGUUGACGUGGUGCACAAGAUACAAUACGGCGCCGAUAACACGCAGUGGCUGGAGUGGUACUGGUGGUGGAACCGCGUCGGGUGCGCCAAAAUUGCGCUCAAGUGCCCCGACGGCGAAACACUUCAGCGCGUUGUUGCAGAAUCGGAGGCGGCUGGUCUGCCUUUUUCGGUGGUUGGGGAGAGUGGCGAGCACACUUUGGUAGCGAUCGGGCCGGUGCCGUCUGGCGUGCUUGAUCCCAUCACAGGGAGUCUGAAGUUGCUUUCAUGA